AUCCGGGUUUAUUUUGAUGGGCAAAACUGACUGCGUAGUGCAGUGUAGGCCUAGUAGUUGUACAGUGAGAGAGGCUGAUUUGUACAUAAAAAUCAGAAUUAGAAAACAUCCAAGUACUGUAUUUUUAUUGAAGUUGAAUCAGAACAAUAGAGUCACAUAAUGAUGAACAGUGAGGAUCCAGCUGAUUGUCCACUUUGUAUGGAAACUCUUGAAAUAGAUGAUGUAAACUUUUUUCCCUGCACAUGUGGUUAUCAGAUUUGUCGCUUUUGCUGGCAUCGUAUUCGGACAGAUGAGAAUGGUUUGUGUCCAGCAUGUAGAAAAGUUUACCAAGAGCAUCCUGCAAACUUCAAACCACUAACAGAGGAAGAGUUGCAGAGGAUUAAGAAUGAAAAGAAGCAGAAAGAUCAUCAAAGACGGCAAAAAGUAUCAGAGAAUAGGAAACAUCUUGCUAGUGUUAGGGUAGUACAGAAGAACCUUGUAUUUGUUGUUGGUCUUUCAUCUAGGCUUGCUGAUAAUGAGGUUUUGAGAAAGCAAGAAUAUUUCGGAAAAUUUGGCAAAAUUAUGAAGGUGGUUGUUAAUCAAAAUACAGCGUAUGCUGGUCAAGGGGGCCCAAGUGCAAGUGCUUAUGUGACGUAUCAGAAAGCAGAAGAUGCAUUGCGUGCCAUACAAGCAGUUAAUAAUGUCCAUGUAGACGGGAGGACAUUAAAAGCAUCUCUUGGUACUACUAAGUAUUGUAGCAAUUUCUUAAAGAAUAUGUCUUGUCCUAAACAGGAUUGCAUGUAUUUACAUGAACUCGGUGAGGGCACAGCUAGUUUUACAAAAGAAGACAUGCAGAUGGGGAAACAUCAAGAAUAUGAACAGAAGUUGAUCCAGGAUAUGUUUAACCAAUCAAAUAACACAGCUGCACCACCUCAAACAUCAACAACUAUUACUGUACCCUCUACAGAAAGAACACGGGCAUCCUCUUUAACAAGGACAAAGCAAUCUUCUCCACCAUUGCCAACAACACAUCAUCCAAAUUCAAACUCGAAAGAAGCAUGGCCAACUUUACAACGAGAGGCAAAGCAGAGUGAAAGAUUUUCCCCGACAGAACACCGAAGCCCAGAAACUGUUCAACAUAACAAUUAUGCGGAAGUCAUACCCCCUGACAUACAGCAACAGUCUUCAUCACCAGGGCCAGACGAGUUGCCGUCUUUCAUGGUAGCAGCAAGAACAUCAGAGACAAGCCAGUUAUUGAAUCAUAAUUCAUCUCCGCCAGAGGCCAGAUCGCCAUUCACAUCAACCCGAACCACAUCAUCAUUCUUUUCGGAGAACGGUCUUUUUGGUCCAGGUUCCGGCAUGCCAUCAAUUUCGUCUACAGGAAAUCGGGUGCCAAAUUUACCACCAUCUCAGCCACCAGCGCUUCAACCCGCACCUGCGCUUUCAAACUCCUUGGGUAUUCACCCUGUAGCCCCACAAGAUUGGAGUGAGGGUAUUUUAAGUUCAGAUGCCAUGCCUGUUGUAAGUUCAACAGAUUGGCAGCGAGCAUUCGGCUUCCUUGCAGAUACUGAAGAUAAUCAUAGUGAAGAUGAAUUAGAUUUUGACCCGUGGAAAGAAUCCAAGAAAGGUCUAGCAGAUUUACUCGCAACAGAAAUGCAACUGAAUCACCAACCACAGAAUCACCAACCACAAAAUCCCCUUGGUUUGACACAACCACCUCCGGGGUUGACACAACCACCCCCAGGCUUUGGUUGCCAACCUCCAAACCAUAGUCCCUUCACAAUACCAAACAGACAACCAUUAGGUGGUGGUAGCAAGAUUUUGAAUUUAAUGCAGAUGAAUCACAACCCAUUAGUAACUAGUAAUCAAGCUCCACCUGGUCUAGGUCAACAAAGUCAAGCUCCGGGCUUCUCAAAUCAUACAUUUCAUGGCCCUCAACACAACAGUGCCCAACUGGGUCACAGAGGACACAAUCCUGUUGAAGAUCUUAAGAGCUGGCAGGAUGGUUUCAGGGCUCUAUUGCCCAACAUUAACAUCAGUUUUGGUGCUGCUAACUUUGAACAACCCACAGAUUCAUCUGGGUCUUGGGUUUCAAAUGAAAAUCCCCCAGGUUCAUGGACAACACAAGAUCCAGCAAUUCUAAGCAUAGCAGGUUCUAAUGUAGCAAGAGAUAAUUCAUCUGCAGAAGAACCACCUCAUUGGCUGCAGUCUCUGCAAUCACUGACAGAGACAGAGUCAAAUGGUCCCACAGGCAACAGUCUUUUUCCAACAUAUUUCAGUUCACAAGGUGCUAACUGGGUAGCAAAUGGUCCACCACCCGGACAUCAUACGCAAGUCAAACCAAGCAAAACCACAAAGCAACACACAGUCACAGGACAUCUCUAAGAUUGGAUGAUUUCCUUUAUAUUAUUUAACCUAAUUAAGUAUAAUUUAGAUGUGAAGAUUAUUCAGUAACAAGUUAUACCCUUUGAAAAACAUUAACACAAAUGUAAGCUGUGAAUGCUUUGAUGCAAUAUGUUUUUGAUUUUUUGUAAUCUUCUACAGCUCCUCAUUUCAGUUGAAUUAAUCUUUAAAAUCCCUUGAAGUUUUUAGAUUUUGUUAAAAUGAUUCAAGUUUUUAACUGAAGGUCUGGAUAAAUUCAAGUUAUGGAGUAUAAUACAUAUGAUUACCACUCAUUGUUACCCAACUCCUCUCCCAUUUGAUAAUUUCUCAUUUAAGUAUUACGAUACAGUAUAUUAUACUUUCAAAACCUAAAUUUGAUGUUUCAUUUUGGCUUAAUCUCAAAGGGUCUGCAUUUCAAAGUACACAUAGUAGACUUGAAAUAAAUUUCAUUUCCUAUUUUGAAUAACUUGUAAUUUGAGGCAAAUGCACGUCUUUCAGCAUGCUUUGUUUUAGAUGCAAGUAUAAGAGAUUUUGAUUUUCUCCUGUGUGCAAAACUAUUUGGUAAACUUUCAGUGAAAUAUAUUUUAUGUGCUCCUAUGAAUCUUAAAAUAACGGAUUAAUUGGACAGUUAGAAAGUGCCUAUUACACAUACCUUACACAGUAUUUCUAAUUAGAUGGUCUCAGUGUAUCUCAGGCAAAAUCUUGUUCUAAAUUAUUGUGGUUAUCUGCUGAACAUAUUAAUACAUAAUAUUUGGAGGCAUGUAUUCAGUUGCAAAACUUGUUAUUAAUACCAUCUGGAAUAAACAAAAAUAUUGAUAUGUAAACAUUAAAUUUAAUGAAUUGCCUAUCAUUUAUUGUCUGAUAAUGUUGAAUAAUACGAUCUUUGAAAUACAUUCAGUUAUAUAAUUCUGAAAUGCUGUGCAUGAUAUAAUGUUUAAAUAUGAAUUGGUAUCUAUUUUAAUUUGAAUAUGGUUGUUCUUACAGUAGUGGUGGGUAUGUGCAAUACACCUAUCCUAAUUAGAAUUGAUCUUUACUCAAAUUGGUUCUUAGUAUAAUUAGUAAACCCAAAAAAUGAUUCUUUUAAAAGUGUUUUGAAAACUAACAAAAUGGUGAACAUUUCCCCUUUAUGUCACCCCGCUCAGAAUGUGAGUCAAUAUUUACAACAUGUUAUGUUUAGCUUCAGGAACGAAGAUGUACUGUUAAAAAAUAAAAUCAGUUACAACAAUGAAUUGCACGUUUUGAAGGAUCACAAAAGCUAUCAUAACUAACAUAAUUAAAAAAGAAAUUAUUAGAAAACUUAUUUCUUAAAAUCAACCAGUAGAAAAACAUUGGAUUUACUGGAUGUUUUGAGGUAUCCGAUCUCGUUCUAAAUCAAUCGUGGUCAAUAACCCUGCAUCAUAUGUCAUCCGAAUGUGCCAUCUGAACGUGCCUCCUCUUCUAUCUGUUAGCAGUUCGUUGUAAAUAUUGGAAAUGUCUUGUGCACCUCCCUCUAGGUUCAUUGUAUCUUUGUUUCUUAUAAUGGAUUGCUUGAUCUUUUUUGUACAUCAUGUACACUUACUUAAUAACACAAGAAAAGAGAAUACCAAUAUUAUCAUCAUUUUCUUCAUCAUCAUCAUCAUCAUCAUCUUUGUUAUCUUCAUCAUAAACAAUGCUCUUUACCAAAGUAAUUUAUUGUAUAUCUAAUUGGGACUGGAUAAGACUAGUAGCACCUUUAAAGAGCAGGCAGCCUAAAUUCAUCAUUUGAUCAAUAAUUUACGCAUUGUCGUGGCUUCCAGAAAUCGGACACAUUGAAGAAGACUACUGCCAAAUAAUAUGAAUUCUUAGAUCUUUGGUUUAAAGUGGUAAGAAUUUACCCUAAAGCAUGUGCUUGCUUUAGAUCAGCAGUGUUUCCUCAUAACCAGUACAAUACUAUGUACUGAUCAUUAGACUGUUUAUGGGCUCCCAAGUCUCCCGGAUAGCCCUGGAGUCUCCAGGAAUUUUGGUUCAUCUCCCGGUUUCCCGGAAAUAUCCACAUUUUCUCUAGGAUUUUAACAGAUUUUCACAAUUAGGGCAUAUGCUAAGCUUAAUCUUCCCAUUCUUAUGCAUUAUAUUUGGCAGACAUAAGACUUAUUGAACAUUCUAGGCAGCAAUAUGGUAUCAACAGCGACCUCAACCGGCCCAAGCAAGUUUGUUUUAAUACUCAACAAGGUGAUUAAUUUGUACAUGUGUGUCUUGUACCUGCAUUUUAGCUAGUACACGCAUUGCAAACCUCUGCCUGUCCUGUACGACAAAAUCUUUCACAACGUGGGACCCCUACUGUUUAUUCCAGCUUCAUUGGUAGGCAUUGUCCUGUCACAAACAAACUGCAUUUUAAAAAUAACUUUCAUGAUCCUUAAAAUUUAGCAAUUCAAUAUUGUCACUGUUCUUACAAUAUGUGAUUUAUUAAUUGUUGACAAACAGUAUAUCUUAUAUACCCUUAAUGCUAUGGUUUUAUCUAUAUUUGGUUUCCCAUUUAAAUACAAUAUUUAAAAAGAAUUACAUUUUUUUGGAAAAUGUGUAUGUGCUUAGAAUAUUCAUAACAAGAGUUACUUCUGUGCCUGAAUCAUGAGUUAUAAAGCCAUAUUAAACUCUUGUUCAAUAAGCUGAUUUGUAGUUUGAACUGUGCAUGCCUGUAUCAACGUCAAUUGACAAACAAACAUUUAAACAGCAUAGGUUUUAGUCACUUGUACAUGGACACUCACAGUUCGAACUACGAAUUGGCUUAUAUGGUGCUUAUGUAUUAAAUUUGGAUGUGUGAUCUGCAUGAAAGUUUCACAGGUAUGGAUUUGUGCAGGCUGAUUACCAGUGUUUGAUCUGCAGAAUAUGGCAUUUUUUAAAACGAAAAUUCACAUACAUAACUGUGAUAAGUGAAGAAUAUAAGGCCCUCUGUGAAUAACGUGAAAGAAACGUGUCCAUUGUAUGUAUUACCAUUCAGUACAGCUAGAAUAAUUGUUUAUGGCAUAUUAUAAAACGAGAUAUCUGCCACAAAAGGAAAGGUUUGUAGGUGUUGAUUUGAAUAAGUUGUCAUAGAGUAUUGUAGGCCUAUUAUUCCUGGAGCUCUAUCUAUUUACUUGCACAGUUUUGUUUGUAUGUUCCGUAAGGAUAAGGUCAAAUGCCCCCUACUUAAUUAUGUUUAUUAACAGAGAAUUUCAUGUCACAAAAUGUACUUACUUUAGUCAGGAAGUGAAUUACAACAAUUGAGUAUAAGAACUACAGGUAUUCUAAAAUAUAUUUCAAUAUGAAGUGAAAAGCAUGUGGCUUGUGGAUGGUCGUGGUUACCAGACUGAAAGUAAACUCUGUGUUGGAAUCAACAUUUCCUCAUGCAUGAUCAGAAUAUGCUGUAGUAGUAGUAGUUUGAAUCAAUCCAUAAUGUUUUAUGCAUGAACAUUUCAACGUUAACCAUUGAAGUUUUGAAAUUAUUUAAGUGGGUUCAUACUGAGCACAAUAUAAUGAUAAAUACAAUACUGUAAUGUGGAUUCUAUUAAUUGCUGUAAUGUAUACUGUAUCCCUACCAGGUGGGUUGGGUAUCUGAAUCAAUUUGCAUUUAUAAAUCUUGAAUAAUUUUCCAAUAAUAGAUGGCCCAUGCAUAAAGAUAAAGUGUUUUGCUUUGGGCUCUUCCUGUGUCACAAUAUAGAUAUUUGACUAAAGUACCAAUGCUAUAGAAUCUGAAGCAUUGGCUAUAACAUAUGUACGGUCUAUUGGUUUCCAAGCAUAAAUUUUUUCCAGAGAUGGCCAGUUUAUGUACUGCAUUAUCUCUUUAACCAAGAAGGUAUAAAAUAAUCUCCUUGCUUUAACAUAGAGGAGAUCCUUAUUUUCAAACUGUAUUUGAUUUGAGUACGUCACAAGUAAUGAAUUCCAUACACAACAUAAAGUCAAUCAUCUCUAUAUGCUUGGUGUGAAAGAUUGUACCAAAUGUUGACCAAUGAUAUUGACUUGGUGCUGCAACAAUCAGUAGUUGAUAAUCAAAAUGAAAUACAAACAAGUCAGCAACUCGAAUGAAAUAUCUGCUCCCUUUCUGUGAUUAAAAGUAUAUUUGUACCCUGAUAUAUAAUCACCCAUGAUAUAAUAUUCGACCUGGUUUUACUGGGUUCUAAAAUAUGGAAUCAAUGAUGAUGUUGGGAAAAUCUAGUGAUGUUGUGCCUAAGUUAUAUUUUGUUUUCUCUGUUAACAUGGUACAGUAUUUAAUUCAUACAAAUUGUGUUUUAACAACUUAAACAGAACUCUUUUGAAAUGCUGUGGGUAAAAACACAGGCAAUGUGCAAAUAAACCCUUCAUAUAUGCAGAAAUUGA